AUCAUUUGUCUUCACCGUGUUGCGUCGAACUUUUGUGUUGUCAUAUCCAAACAUGUCGCUCAUUUGUAACAUGAAAUUGUUUCUUAUGUUAAUAUAAUAUUUGCCUUCCGUCAGAAUGAGUAACUUUUGUAGAGAGGUCAUCACGCUUCAGCUUGGUCAUUAUUCCAACUUUGUGGGCACUCAUUGGUGGAAUUUACAGGAUGCGUCUCUGUCAUACGACCCAGAGAUGCCACCUGGAGAGAUCCAGAGUGAUGUCAUGUUUCGUGAAGGCCAAACUCUUGGUGGGAACAUCACCUACACUCCACGCCUCAUUGCCAUGGACCUCAAAGGAAGUCUGCAGACUCUAAGGCAGGAGGGAAGUCUGUAUGAUACUGGAAAAGACAAUUCUGCUCUUUCCUGGGAUGGAAGCCUGAUGAUACAUGAAGAAAGUCCUCCUGCAAAAAACUCCUUUCUUGAAGACCUGGACAACUUGGAUUGUGGGGACAUACUGACUCAGGCACAUUUUUCUUCCAACUUCCAAUAUCACUGUGAACGUUCUCUGAGCGUGGAUACUGUGAACAGUCGGCUUGCUCAAGUCCAGAAGAACUACAAGCUGGAGGGUAGCGUUAAGGUCUGGUCUGACUUCCUGCGCAUCCACUUGCACCCUCGCACCAUCUCCAUUAUCCACCAGUACAACCAUGAUGGAGAAACUGACUGUCUGGAGGCUUUUGGCCAGGGGGAAACACUGCUGCAGGGGCCAGUGUUGGAGGAUCUGGAUGACAAACUGCAUUUCUUUGUUGAGGAGUGUGACUACUUCCAGGGUUUCCAGGUGCUGUGUGACCUAGCCGAUGGCUUUGCAGGUCUGGGCUCAAAGGUCACAGAAUUGCUACAGGACGCCUACGGUGGUCGAGGCAUCCUAACCUACGGGAUGGCUCCCGUCAGUCACCCAAAUUCAACUCCAAUGAAGGACCGCUACCAUCUGUUGAACUGUGCAUUAGGGAUGGUCCACAUGGCCAGUCACAGCUCCUUCUUCUGUCCGCUGACACUGCGAGGAGGACUGGGCCUCCGACCGUCGUCUCCUAUAAGCUUCCCUAACCUGAACUAUGAUCCGUCACUUUGGUACCACUCCAGCUCUGUCCUGUCUCUCGCUCUGGAUGCGCUCACUGUGCCGUACAGGCUGAGGAACAACUGCAUCCCCAUGUGGCAGCUGGCAGACUCGCUGUCUACGUCGGGCAGAAAGGUGGUGGCGGCUUACGGUGUCGUCCCGUUUCCAAUAAUGCACGGCAGCUCUUUCCCCGAUGCCCUGAGCGCCUGUGCUGACUCGUUGCCUUGGAAACCACUGUCAACGUGCGCCGAGGCAGCCGACGGUCGAUGCUAUGGCCAGUGGGUGACACUCAAAGGCUUGGAAGGCCAACGACUCACUAGUUCUGUUGCUCCAGGGACGGAACUUCUAUCUCCUCUCCACAAGCUCCAGAGCGGGGAAGAUGUCCUGGCAUCUUAUAUUACAUCUUUCUAUCCUACAGCUCCUCUGGCUCUACAGCUCGUGUCCAGUCCCAGUAAAUUGACCCCACCCUUCCCACGGAUAUUCAGUCAGUCUCUCACCGAGCGAGGUCUCGAGCACAGCCAACUGCUUGCAACCAGUUCUCCGUUCGCCCAACCAGUCGUCACCUCUGUACCAGUCAUGACGUCUCUCCAGUCAGGGCCCGCGCUGGACCCGUGGCUCGCGGAGUUGCAUCGCAGUGUCAGCGCUUUCGACAUCCGCCGCGUGGCUCCCAGCUUUCUUUCCCAGGGCCCUGAAACAGCGGACUACAGCGAGGCCCUAGAGCAGUUGCGCUUAUUGGCUCGAAACUACCGAGACGACAGCGGUGGAGCAACGCGGUCGUCUUCUGAGGAUGACGACGACUGACGUGUGUUGGACUCAUAUUGCUUACACUCACUCAGCCCCUGGAGAACCAAGAUGCACUAAUGUGGUGAUUGAAACUGUCAGUUUGCUGUCUUGGUAAACAACAAAAGCAGCAGCAGUCUGUAACCUUUUUCCAACUAACUAAAUGUCCCGACUACAUUGGAAUUGGGGUUGUACUGAAAUAAGAGGGAGCUGUGUGACAAAACAGUUUUGCAGGAAUCAUGUGGCUCAAUGAGCAACCUGUUUAUUUGUCCAUGAUGACAUACUGCAAAAUUGAAAAAUUGGCACAGUACCUUUACAGAAAUGUAAUAUAGCCCUUGGUGCCGCAUGUAAAAAAUAUUUGAAUGGACUUUAAUGAAAAUUUAUUUUAUACAGUGGUUAAUGAUUGUUGCUAUAGAUAAAGACCCAACAUAUUAAACACCCAGUCUUCCAUA